AUGGCCGAGGCGCAGGAGCUGCUUCUGCAGCUGCAGAAGGACAACCGCGACGGGCGGCUGCGGAAGCAGGAGCUGGAGGAGCUGGUGCGCGGGCUGGAGGCCGAGAGCGAGAGCCUCGCCGCGCGCCUGCAGGACCUGAGCGAGCGCGAGCGCGGCCUGCAGCGUCGGCGGAGCCAGGCGGCGCGGGCCCUGCGUGGGGAGGCGCGCGAGGCGGCGCGGGAGCGCGCGGACCGGGCGCGCAGGCUGCUGGAGGCGGCGGAGCAGCGCCAACGGGACCUGGAGCAGCAGAACCGACAGCUGCAGGAGCAGUGGGAGGAGCUGUCAAGCCAGCUCUUCUACUACGGAGGCGAGCAACUGAGCCAGCAGCGGGCGGAGCAGCAGCUCGGGACCCAACUGGCGGCCCUGCAGAAACAACUGGCGCUGGUGGAGGCCAAGCACACCAUGCAGGCGGAGGCCCUGCGGCAGAGCGCACGGCGGAUGGAGGAGGCCUGGGCCAGCUUCCAGGAGCAGAGCGGAGUCUUGCAGGAGUUGCAGGGGAAGGUGAUGGAGGCGGCGGCUGCACUCGACAGCUCGCGGGGCGGCCCGGAGCCGUGCGACUCACAGCCCCGACGGGGGCAGGACUGCGCGGACUCGCUCAUGGAAGAGGUGGCCAAGGCGGAGUGUGAGACGCGGCUGUUCGGCGCGGGUGCGGCGGGCUUCAGGCUGUGGGCGCUGGGCGCGCUGCAGACGCUGCUGCUGCUGCCGCUGGGCGUCGUGGCGCUGCCGCUGCUCUACCUGGCGCUGGCGAACCCCUCGGCCCUGCGCCGCGGCCUCGCGCGCCCGGGCUCGGACGCCGCCCUGCGCCGCCUGCGCUACACGCUGGCCCCGCUGCUCCGGUUGCGUGCGGGCGGACUGCUGCCCGCCUAG